ACAACAAGUUUUGCUCAUUUAAAGAGUUAGUAUCUGUAAUUUCUUCAAAAACAGAAACAAAAACUUAAUUGCUCGAGCAGUCGAUAAAUAUACUGAUUCAAGCAGAUCUUGAUACAAAUGAACUGUUUUGAUCUUUCAAAUUGCGUUAAACAUUUAUAUAAACGAGGAUUUCUGUUGUGAAACAACCCAAAUCAGGAAAGUUUUGAGGAAAAAAAUGAUAAUCGAACGAGCGGCUGAAUCUCGCAAGAAAUGGUUGAUAAAACAAUUCCAUCUGAUAUAGACCGUCCUGACAUAAGGCGUUUCCAAGGAAACCAGUUUAUUCAAAUAUCAGUACGUCACGCCCGAACUCACAUCGACGAAGGAAAAGCACAAUUUACAGACUAUGAAGUUGAGAUUCGGACCAAUCACAUUGCGUUCACAAUAAAAUAUUCAAAAGUCCGUAGACGGUACUCUGACUUUGUUUGGCUUCGCAGCAGACUCAUUAAAGAUACACAAACCGAAGCACCAAGAUUGCCCGGAAAAAGAUUAUUUGGCAGAUUUCAUAAAGAUUUUAUCAAACAACGCCAAAAACAAUUAAAAGACUUUAUUUUUGGAUUGGUUGAAAAUGCAAGCUAUCUUUCGCAUCCAGGCUUUCAUCUUUUCUUCCAAAGUAGCCUAUCUGUCGACGAUAUUGAAGAAUUUCUUGAUAACAAUAAAGACGGCGAUGCUUCCGAAGAAAUUCUAGCCGAAUCCGAAUGCAGAGACCGUCUUAAUGGUGUUUUGUUACGCGAAAGAGCUGCCAAACAUGAUAGUGGAUUUUCAGGGGAAGAACCUGAUUGGCUAAAUGAUAACUUUGAAAAUAAUACUAAUGACCAAAUACUAAACUUAAAAAUAGUUGAUGAUGAUAUUUGUAAUGAUGAUCAUUUUGCUGAUGACGAAAGUGAUGACAACGAUGACGAUAGUAUUGAGCCAAUUGAUAAAAACGAUAUUAUAUUGAAUCAGUUGAGGUUAAACACGCUUCCAGCACCUAUACCAACUGAUGAUGAAAAAGGUUUUGAAAGCUCUGUUGAAUAUUUAUAUUGUAGCUCCUUGGACUCCGGUAAUACAAAAAAAACAAAAGUCACAAGCGUUGCACGUGACCGCUCACAGACCACACCGCGUAAAAAACGAGUUAAAAAAAUGUCUUUUAGAGAACGAAUGGCUAAUUCAAAUCCUUCCUUAACGGAAUCUCAACAACAAGAUAGAAACAGUGACACGGCAACAUCCUCAAACCAUGCUUUGACACAAUCUCAAUCGUUUUACGAAGAUUGUUCAGAUAACGUUUUUAUGCUUAGUCAAAAAUCGCCACUAAGCAGUCCUAGUAAAACGAGAAAAUCUUCAUCUCUUAAAUUUCCAAAGCAGAACACUCCACUGAGACGAUCGUGCACUUUUUUAUCUUCCACUGAAAAGACACCAGUGAAAAGAAAGAUCAGCUUAAACGAAUACAUAAUUGUUCAUAGUGACACUGUCAGGGAAGUAAACAAACAACAGUCGCUAUAAUUAUUAUGAAACUAAAAUACUUUUAAACUUAUAAAUUAUUUCUUUGCAGCAAUUUGCUUUUAAACAUAUUUAUAAAACAAAUUUGCUGUACGCUUCUUAAAUAUUUCAUUUGUAGAAAAAAAGGUUUCAUUUGUAAAUAUUUCAAUUUUUUUUUUUUUACAAAAAAAAAAAAAAAAAAAAAAAAUGAUUUCGGUUAUUUCAGUUUUCAGUUAUAAAUUAUUCAUUAAAUUUUUUAUUUAGUAUUUGUACUAGUUUUUAAACUUUUAAUAUAUUUUUUUUAACGCAGAAAAGUUUUCGAUAGCAACAUGCAUUUGCAUAUACUUGUAUUUCGUAACUAUGAUAUAAAAUAAUUGAUGACAUAUUUUUUUAAAA